GAUCCUCAUUUGCUUGCUUGGGUUUGCCAUAGCCUCGGCUAACUAUGGCGUUGGUAUUGGAUACGGCAAUAGAUCGGUAAGUCGAGGCAAGGAUUGGUUAGCGGGAACUUUGAAUAACAACAUCUAACGUACAGCUCAUACCGACUGAACCACCUAUUCAACUCGGCCAGUGCCCAGCCUACGACGAUCCCAAUCAUAUUGUGAUGUUUGCCUAUCCCAGCGACUGCCGCAAGUACUACACCUGCAUGAAUGGCCUGGCAUAUCUGAAUCAGUGUCCCGAUAACUACUAUUGGAGCCAGCUGACCUAUCGCUGUGACUACAGGCAGUACUCCAAUUGCGAAAAUACGGAUUUACCAGAUAUUAAUCAGCCUGUCAGGUAUAGCGCAUAUCCGGGAGAUUGCACUCGCUACUAUGAGACGCUUACUCUGCGCUGCCCCAACAACUAUCAUUGGAAUGUGCACUACGAGCGCUGCGAUCUGCCACAAUAUGCGGGCUGCACGGGAUCACCUGCAACCUCGCCACCAAGCAGCUCGCCUUCUCCUUUGGUGCCAACUGCUGCUACGCCGCCGCCUACAUCCCAGCCAAUAACGCAACCAGACUAUAAUACACCUUUCGACCCGGAGUAUCUCUGCAAAAAUGCCGUUAAUAUGCCAUAUCUGCCAUAUCCCGGAGAUUGCCAAAAGUUUAUCUACUGCGGCCCAACCCCAUCUGUGCUCACAUGUCCCACCGGCUUGUACUGGAAUCGCAAUACCCAGUCUUGUGGCUCAUCCAACAUGGGUUGUAUGCAGUAGGAUCCGUAAAAAGCUGGAGAACAAAUUUUAACAACUCCGUUGAUUUAAUGCCCUCGCAGACAUAUUAAGAAAAUUGAUUCAAUUGUUAAUCUACCAAGUAUUUGGUAAAGAAAUCGUAACUAAAAUCAUUUUAUU